UUUGACCAGUAAUUUCAAGAUUGUUUUGAGGACCAAACCAACCAGUCUAUCCCAGAAACAAAAAAAACACAAUCAAAUCGGUUGUUGGAAACAAAUCGAUUCGUCGUCUUUUAAUCAUCACUUAAGUUCAAGUUUAGGAAGUUAGAUCAUUAGAACUUAAAAAGGGAUUUAAUUGAUUAUCACAAGCAAUUGUUGGGAGAAAAAAGUUUAAAGUAGAAAAUUUUGCUUGCUUCAAUAGAAAUUUGCUCCAAAUCUCGAUUCUACUACAACAUCGAUAAACCCAAUUCAUUAUCGGAGCAAAGAAGCUUUGUUUUUGAAUCUUGAAGACGUUUAUCAUCUUUUCAGUUGAUAUGAUUGCAUGAGCAUAUUGACGGCGAAUUUUGACGGAAAAUGGUGAAUUUUGAUGGAAAAUACGAAUUUUGACGGAAAAUACUUCAAACGAAGCAGAUGGGUUCUGGGGAAGGGAACCCUCAUUUCAGUGUUUUUGAUGGAGUGAAGACUUUCCCAUUAACACCCGAAGCUCUCAUGGCCGAUAUCAACACCGCUAUCACUAAUCUCGAAUACGCACGUGCCACGGCUUUCCUCGAUUCCCCGUCUUCGUCAUUGUCGAGAAACAAAAGCCUUUAUUCAUCCGAGUAUGAUGCUCGGCUGGCUGAUGAGGCUUAUAAAGCCGGUUGUGCCGCAUUAGCUGCUGGCAUGAAAGACCAGUUCUUCGAAAGUGGUGCCAUUAAGAAUUUCAAAAAGUGUCAGUGUUAACAGUUAGAUUUGAAUUUUGAAAUUUAAAAAGUAUAAAAAUUAAUGUUUUAAAAAUAAAAGCAGAGGGUCUAAAUUUUAAAUUUAUAAGGAGUGUAAAUUUAGGGUUAAAAAAAAAUUGCAUAUAACAAGUUUUAUAUACCAAUAAAAACUUGGCUCGAUUAAACUAGUUCAUAUGAUUUGUACCUUGAGCUCAUGUUCAAACUCGUUUUAUAUAUAAAUUUUAUGUUUAGGGUUUAUGUUUGUAUUAUAUUAAGAGUAAAUUGGUAAUUUAAUAUAAAUAUAUUAUAAAUAAAAAAGGUAUGUUAAGCUCGUGAA